AUGUCGCAGUAUGCUUACCUUUUCAAGUACAUCGUCGUCGGCGAUACAGGUGUUGGCAAGUCAUGCCUCAUGUUGCAGUUCACCGACAAGCGGUUCCAGCCCGUGCACGACCUUACUAUCGGCGUCGAGUUUGCCUACCGGAUGGUCACCAUCGACCACAAGAAAAUAAAGCUCUACAUCUGGGACACGGCAGGUCAGGAGGCUUUCAGGUCGAUCACUCGAUCCUACUACAGAAGUGCUGUCGCUGCCCUUCUCGUUUAUGACAUCACUAGGAGGGAGACCUUCACCCAACUAGGGAGCUGGCUGGAAGAAGUGAGGCAAGGGGCCGACGGAAACAACAAUGUCACGAUCAUGCUGGUCGGCAACAAGACAGAUUUAUCUCACAAGAGGGUCGUCAGCACGGAGGAAGGCGAGCAGUUUGCCAGGGAGAAUGGUCUCGCCUUCAUGGAAACCUCUGCAAAAACCCGGCAUAACGUGGAUCAGGCGUUCUUUGAAACCUCGUCUAUGGUGUACGAGAAAAUUCGGGAAGGUGCCAUCGAUUUGUCCAAGGUGAGGGUUGUACUAAUUACAUGCAUUAAGUCGAUUGAAUUAGCUGAUACUUACCAGUUUACUCCGUUGGUUUUUUUACUGCAGUGUACCGGUGCCAAGGCCGGAGAUGGUGUAGUAGUCAUGGACCUUUACAAUGGCACGAUGUCGUCUCAAGUCGGCGGCUGCUGCAACAGCUGA